GCGUGGCGUGGCGUGUCACGGCGGCUUACGUAUGGGGAGCGUACACAGUGCACUAUCAGCAAUAAUACAUAAGCGCUUCGACGCUUCCGUUCAGUUCAAAUACGUCCUGAAUUAAAACGCUUGUGUCACGCUUUAGAAAUGGAUCACUCUCAGACUUUGUUUUCAGACAAGGCUGAAGAUGUGGCGACGUCUUCCAGCUUCCGGCAGUUCCAGAUCCGACACUUCCACCUGGACCUGGACGUUGAUUUCGAGCAGAAAAAAUUGCGAGGAAACGAGAUUUUACAAGUGAAAUGCAUUCAGGAUUCCCAGCGCGAGCUGCUUCUAGAUAUUCACCCCUCACUUGGGCUGCAAGAAGUAUCAUUCAGCCGCGGGAAAGACAACUCGGAAUGGACGAAAGUUGAAUUUCUUACACGAGACUUUACAAGUUACGGGUCAACAUUGAUUGUGAAAUUUACUUCACCAUGGAAGAGCGAAGAUGAAUUCCGUUUAUCGGUGAAGUAUGAGGCUUCGGACGGACCAGGGGUGUGCUGGCUGGACCCCGAGCAGACGGCUGGGAGGGUGAAGCCCUACGUCUUCACCCAGGGCCAGGCGGUGCUCAACCGCUCCUUCUUUCCCUGCUUCGACACCCCGGCGGUUAAGAGCUCCUACUCCGCCUGUGUCAAGGUGCCAGAGGGCUUCACCGCGGUCAUGAGCGCCAGCAGUUCGGAGCACAGGAAGUCGGACAACAGCUUCCUGUUCUCCAUGGAACAGCCCAUCCCCUCCUACCUGGUGGCGCUGGCUGUGGGGGACUUGGUCUCCGCGCAGGUGGGACCCAGGACCCGAGUGUGGACCGAGCCGGGCCUGCUGCAGGCGGCCAAGCAGGAGUACGACGGGGUGAUCGAGGAGUUCCUCGCCACGGCCGAGAAGCUGUUCGGACCGUACCUGUGGGGAAGGUACGACGUGCUCUUCAUGCCCCCGUCCUUCCCGUUCGGCGGGAUGGAGAACCCCUGCCUCACCUUCGUCACGCCCUGCCUGCUCGCCGGGGACCGCUCGCUGGCCGACGUCAUCGUGCACGAGAUCUGCCACAGCUGGUUCGGCAACCUGGUGACCAACGCCACCUGGGGGGACUUCUGGCUCAACGAGGGCUUCACCAUGUACGCCCAGCGCCGUGUCCUCAAGGAGAUCCACGGCGAGGCCUACACCAGCCUGGAGGCGGCUACAGGGAGAGUCCUGCUUCGUCAGCACAUGGACAACACCGGGGAGGAUCAUCCGCUCAACAAGCUGCGCGUCAAAAUCGAGCCAGGUGUGGAUCCUGAUGACACCUACAACGAAACGCCGUAUGAGAAGGGCUUCUGCUUCGUCUCCUACCUGGCGCACCUGGCGGGCGGUCAGAGUCGCUUCGACGCUUUCCUCAGGGCCUAUGUUGAGAAGUUUAAAUUCCGCAGCAUAAUUGCGGAGGACGCCCUGGAGUUCUACUUGGAUUAUUUCCCUGAACUGAAAAAGAAGGGAGCCCAUAAGACUGAAGGGUUAGAGUUUGAGAAGUGGCUGAAUGUGCCCGGGUGGCCCCCCUACCUGCCCGACCUGUCCCCUGGCCAAAGCCUCAUGGAGCCGGCCGAGCACCUGGCCCAACUCUGGGCUGCGGAGCACCUGGACAUGGGGGCCAUUUCUCAGGUGGACAUCCACCCCUGGAAGACCUACCAGAUCGUCUACUUGCUAGAGAAGAUACUGGAAAGGUCCCCUUUGCCCGGAGGCAACAUCGAGAAGAUGGUGGAGAAAUAUCCCCACAUCGUCAAGUCCAGCAACGCGGAACUGCGCCUUCGCUGGGCCCAGAUGGUGGCGAAGAACCAGUACCAGCCUGGAUACGCACACGUCCGGGACUUCCUCAGCUGCCAGGGGAAGCAGAAGUACACGCUGCCCGUGUAUCGAGCCCUGCAGGGCGGGUCGGAGGAGACCAGGGCCCUGGCCACCGAAAUAUUCUCCGCCACCUCAAAGCAGCUCCACGUCAACGUGUGCAACUACGUAAAGAAGAUCCUCAUCUGAUUGGGCGCCGCAGAAACCGCGGAAACAAGCGUGGAGCACCGGGCCCUCCCGGCACGCUGCAGAUGUGCGAAUGCAAUUUUCCAUGACGUGAUGCCUGGGGUGUGAUGUGUGUAAUAAAGUUUUAGCUAGGUCCUGAGUCUCGAGUUUCUGCCAAGGGUCCCCACCGGUCCUUGAAGACCUUGAACAUG